AUGUCAGAGAGUGAGGCCCCAGCAGCACCAGACAACGAGGCCACAGGAGUGUCCGAGAGUGAGGCCAUCAGGACAUCUGUCAGCGAGGCCACUGGGAUGUCCGACAGUGAGGCUAACAGCUUCACGAGCGGCGCGUCCAGCACCGACAGCGACCCUGAGGAGGACCUGCAUGAGGACUCCGACCAGAGAGCUUUCCCCGAGCUCCGCAAUCUACCGGCUCAGAAUCAACGACGGAGGGGAGGAGGACGAGGACGAGGCCGAGGACGUCCACGCGGUCGAGGCAGAGGACGACGCCAGCUGGGUCGGCAGCCCAGACAGCCGCAGUUGGAGGAACCAAUGGACACAGACGACGGACUCGGAGAGCCAGGACGACGAGAUCAUGUGCCCGUCCGAUUCCGAGACGCCGAAGGAGCUCCGGGGCAGGAAGCUGCUCAAAACCAGGGGGUUCUUCAGGGGGAACAGGAGGAUCAUGUAGGCGAUCAACGCAGAGGUUAG